CACAAAUCUAGUAUUCUUUUUAAUACAACCCAUGUUAUUUUCACUGCUACCCAAAUACAGUCACACUGAAGUCUAUCAAAACAAAAAAUGCAUGGAAAUGCAAAAUUAUUUAUAUUCUUAAUAUUUGGACUUUGCGCCACAUUGGCCAGCGCAGAGCUGUCUGGCUUGUUUAACGCUCUACAAUAUCUGGGGAUCAAAAUACACUCAAAUGGCACAGGAUCGUCAGCUGCUCCCAGCGCAGCUCAAGGUCAAGGGUUGCGUGGUGGGUGUCAUUACUCAUUUGAGUCAUACGCUUUGAUGAGUGAUCGCCAUACCUGUGCGCCCGGUGACGAGCACAUUCUGCACCUGACAGAGCUGCCACAACAGCGCAAGCCUCCCUUGUUGAUAAGAUGCCUGCAACAGGAUUUAACUCCACAGUUGAAUAACAACACUGGGCUUCCAUUGGAGAAAUUGCUGAUCAUGAAGUCGGCCAAAGAGAUUGUCAAUCUGCUGAAACCCAUUGGCAAUGCGACCAAGCGGCACGAAUACGGCAGCUGUGUUGUCGUCCAUUUCUGCACACGCACCAGCCUGGAGUGCGCCCGUGUGGCACCCGCCGUCAAUCUUUUGCCUCACUUGUUUCCAACGCUGAAGGUGGCCUACAUCGAUGCCUUUCAAUUUACACGUUUCAAUGCCGAGUUCGGCAUCGUUUCGUUGCCCACUUUGAUGAUCUUCCAUCAAGGGCGACCGUUGAUCAAAUACGAUCCGCCAUGGCAGGAUCCGGGCAACAUAAGCUAUGCCAAGUUCAUAAUGCGUCACACCAACAUCAAAUACGUUAAUCCCAGGAGCAUAUUGCCCGCGUUAUUGCAGUACACCCAAGUCGGUCCACUGAUCAAUGUGCCCGAUCGGCAGACCGAUUUCUAUGUGGGACUCUCAUGGCUCUUCAUUCUGAUCUGUCUGGGAAACUAUAUUCGACGUACUUUGCUGUGGAAACAGCUGGUGGAAAUGGUGCAGCGCAAUUGGCGUGAAUCGGAGGAGACGCAAAUGGAGAUGGUUGAUUAGCGCAAAUGAUAAUUAAAUAAAUUAGAUUAUAUAUAUUAAACUACGAUUAAAAUUUACUCUAUGCGUAUUUUCGUUUAAUUAAAUUCACAUAAACAUUUACUUAUAUCUUAAUUAUUACAUAGUAUUUAUGUUUGUAUACAUAUUUAUAUAUUUAUUGGAUUUUUAAUGUAUUUGCGGUUGGAGAGGGGAGAGUGGUGGCUUCAGCUCUUCAUCAAAUUGAUUUCAAUCGCUGCAAAAUUGAUUGCUUAUAUUCUACUAAGUAAUAGUUAACUAAAAGAAUCUUGAGAAUAUUUGCAAAACGCCCAAAUCCAUAUUGGUGCCGUUGCUUAAAUAUUGUUUUAAUAUUGAAUACAACUUAAAAUUUCCAUUAACAUUGUAUUGGUGUCGCUGUGUGUGAUUUUCAGGGGAAAAACAA